UGACGUCACUGUUGUGCGCCUUUUCCGCACCAAGGGGACUAUGGCUCUAGCACGGCAACUACGGCUGUUGUCGCUCGCGACUCGGUUGCUUCUGGCGCCUCGACGGGACCUGACAGGCCGCGGUCCCGACGAGCCCCUGCCCGUGGUGCGCAUCCCGCGGGCUCUACAGAGGCGGCAUGAACAGCGGCAGAGCGGGCAGCGGAGCCCCCUGCGGCCGGUGUUGGUGCGACCUGGCCCGCUGCUGAUCUCGGCGCGGCGGCCGGAGUUGAACCAGCCCGCACGCCAAACGCUGGGUCGUUGGGAGGUUGCGCCACUCGUUUCGCGAGGCUGGAAGCAUCGGCGCGCUCGCCAGGACUAUUUCUCCAUUGAGCGUGCUCAGCAUGAGGCCCCAGCGCUGCGGAACCUCUCGUCCAAGGGCAGCUUCGCCGAUCUGGGUCUGGAGCCCCGUGUGCUGAGCGCACUCCAAGAAGCUGCUCCCGAAGUCGUUCGGCCCACAACCGUGCAGUCGAGUACCAUUCCCCCAUUACUUCGCGGCCGCCACAUCCUCUGCGCCGCGGAAACCGGCAGUGGCAAGACUCUCGGCUACAUGCUACCUCUGCUUCAACGGCUCUUGGGCCAGCCAAGCCUGUACACCAGUCGUAUCCCUGCUCCUCGAGGCCUGGUCCUUGUGCCUUCUCGAGAAUUAGCUGAACAGGUGCGGGCCGUGGCCCAGCCCUUGGGCAGCUCCUUAGGCCUCCGGGUGCAGGAGUUAGGGGGAGGCCAUGGCAUGAGUAGGAUCAGGCUGCAACUGUCCAAACAUCCUCCAGCAGAAGUACUGGUGGCCACUCCAGGGGCUCUGUGGAAGGCCCUGAAAGGUCAACUGAUCAGCCUGGCGCAGCUCUCUUUCUUGGUGUUGGAUGAGGUAGAUACAUUGUUGGAUGAAAGUUUCCUGGAACUGGUGGAUUACAUCUUGGAGAAGAGUCACAUAGCAGAAGGCCCCGCUGACUUAAAAGACCCUUUCAAUCCCAAAGCUCAGUUAGUGCUGGUGGGGGCCACAUUUCCCGAAGGCGUAGGCCAGCUGCUGAGUAAAGUUGCCAGCUUAGACUCUCUAACCACCAUUACCAGUUCCAAGCUCCACUGCAUCAUGCCUCAUGUCAAACAGACGUUCAUGAGGCUGAAAGGAGCAGAGAAGGUGACUGAGUUAGUGCAGAUCCUCAAGCAGCAUGACAGAGCACACAGGACUGGCUCCACAGGAACUGUUCUCGUGUUCUGUAACAGCUCCAGCACUGUGAACUGGCUGGGAUAUAUUCUGGAUGACCACAGAAUCCAACACUUAAGACUGCAGGGACAAAUGCCAGCCUCCAUGAGGGCAGGUAUCUUCCAGUCCUUCCAGAAGGGUUCCCGAGACAUACUUCUCUGCACAGACAUCGCCUCUCGGGGCCUGGACAGCACCCAGGUGGAACUCGUCAUCAAUUAUGAUUUCCCUCUCACCCUGCAGGAUUACAUCCACAGAGCAGGGAGGGUGGGCCGUGUAGGGAGUGAGGUGCCAGGAACAGUCAUCAGCUUUGUGACCCAUCCCUGGGAUGUGAGCCUGGUUCAGAAGAUUGAGCUGGCAGCUCGCAGGAGGAGAAGCCUUCCAGGUCUAGGAUCCUCAGUAAGUGAGCCUUUGCACAAGGAAACCUUACUGCAGCAGGCUUAAAUAUGAUGCCAUAACUGGGAUCUUUCCCUGUGUGCUGGGUGGGUGAGCGCACUUGUCAGCAGGAUGCGCUGGGCUGCUUAGUCACCUUCUAAAGGCCCCAGCUGCUGGUCAACACUGGAGGGUGGACUACUGAACGUGGCUCUCUGUAGUCUUUCACACGAAGAAUAAAGUUGAUUUUGGCUUUGUA